UUCUUCAUCAUCAACAGCAUUCAACAGACACCAACAAAAUCCUCCACAGUCAAUUUCUCUCUCUCUCACUCUCUCUAACUUUCUCUCUCUAAAAACAACAAAUUACAGAAAUGGCGGCACUGAACACCAUGGAUUCUACCUUCGAGGUCGACAAGCUCACCUACGAAAUCUUCUCCAUCUUGGAGAACAAGUUCCUCUUCGGCUACGCCGACGCCGAGAAUCCCAAGAAUUCAGUUCCCAAUUUGGCGCAAUUUUCAUCAAAAUUGGAUAACAACACCGCCGGCAAGGUCAGGAUCCUCUGCAUUGACGGCGCCGGCUCCACCGACGGAAUCCUCGCCGCCAAAUCCCUCGCUCACCUCGAAUCCUGCCUCCGCCGCAAGUCCGGCGACCCAAACGCGAGCAUCGCAGGAUACUUCGACGCCGUCGCAGGCUCCGGCGUCGGCGGAGUCCUCGCCGCGCUUCUCUUCACCCGCGGCAGCGACGGGCUCCCGAUGUUCACCGCCGAUGAGGCGGUAAAGUACCUCACCGACAACCGGAGCAAGAUCUCCCGGAAGCCGGCUGGGUUUCUCCGCCGGCGAGUUUUCCGGCAAGUGUCAAAGGCGGAGAAGCUUUUCCAGAAGACGUUCGGCGAGUGCACGCUGAGGGACACUCUGAAGCCGGUGCUGAUCCCCUGCUACGACCUCGUGACGCGCGCGCCGUUCGUUUUCUCCCGCGCUGACGCGCUCGAAAUGGACGGUUACGAUUUCAAGAUGCGCGACGUGUGCGCUGCCACGUCAGCUGACCCUGCCUCAGUGGGCCCCACUGAGAUGCGGUCUUUGGACGGAAGGACGAAGAUCUUGGCCGUCGACGGCGGCGUCGCGAUGAACAACCCAACCGCCGCCGCCGUCACGCACGUGCUGAAUAACAAGCAUGAGUUUCCGUUCUGUAACGGCGUUUCUGACCUGUUAGUCCUUUCCCUUGGCAACGGAGAGUCAGACUUCAACGCCGUUAACUCGCCGUCAGGGUUUGUGAAAAUCGCCGGUGAAGGUGCUUCCGAUAUGAUUGAUCAAGCUGUAUCAAUGGCAUUUGGAGAAUGUGGGAUGAACAAUUAUGUGAGGAUUCAGUCAAACCGGGUGAUGGCGAAGGCCGAAAGCAAGGCGGCGUCGGAUUUGUUGGCGGUAUCGGAGGAGAUGUUGGGUCAGAAGAAUGUGGAGUCUAUUUUGUUCAAAGGAAGGAAGGUAGCAGAGAACACAAAUUUGGACAAGUUGGAAUUGUUUGGUGGUGAAUUGAUCAAGGAACAUGAGAGGAGAAAAACUAGCAUUUUGCCAACUGUGGUGUUGAAGAAUUCCUCUCCCUCACCAAGAACAUCAUCUGCUACUACUUUGUCAUCUUUGUCUUCAAGCUGUUAGAGUGAGGGGAAAAGAUUAGUAGGAAAAAAUUCAAAAUUGGAUUUCAUAGAGGGUUGGAUUUUUAUGUGAGUUAAAUGUUGUGAUUUUGGGUUAACUGCCGCUUAUGACUGAUCAAGGAAAAAUGAGUCUGAGCUGUGCAGAGCUGAAUCCUCUAUACUACUACUACCUACAUUAUGUAGUUUUUGGGUAUAUAUUACAUGUAUUACAUGUAUUUACUAUUUAGUGAUAGUGGUUUGUGCAUAUGUGGUUGUCAAAGGAUGAAUUUUGAGGCCAAGUAUAGAGCUAUGCUUGAUUUGUGAGGAACUGAGAAUUAGAUUGUACUGUUCAAUCAGAAUGUCUGAUUGUAUUGUGACUAAAAAUGCACAACAUUUAUUCUAUUAAAUUUAAA